ACCGCACCCAUCUAUCUAGUAGAAUAUAUAAACACAUUCUACAAAUCUCACUGAGGCCAGCAUUGAGAAAGAGAAAUGAAGGGAACUCUCUGCUUAUCAAUAAUUUUCAUCGCUCUCUUCUUCUCUGCAGACGCUAAUGGCUUCCAUGGCGGCGGCAGCGAUUGUGUAUACGCUCUCUACGUAAAGACUGGAUCAAUAAUGAAGGCAGGAACAGACUCAAAAAUCAGCCUGACACUAGGAGACGCACAAGGCCGAUCAGUAUGGGUUCCAGACCUUCAAUCAUGGGGUUUAAUGGAGCCCAAACACGACUACUACGAGCGUGCUAACCUUGACAUCUUUAGUGGCCGCGGUCCGUGCAUCAGUGCACCCAUAUGCCGCCUAAACUUGACCUCUGAUGGCCAAGGGUCUCACCAUGGCUGGUACUGUGACUACGUGGAAGUCACCUCCACAGGACCACACAAGGAGUGUAGCCAGACUAUCUUUUAUGUUGAUCAAUGGCUGGCUGCUGAUGUUCCACCCUUUAAGCUAACCGCCUUGCUUGAUGGAUGCAAAAUCGGGGAUGAUGCCUUGAAGAAGGGAAAAAAUGGGAAGUUUGCUGUGGAGAAUGUUAGAGGAUCUGCUUUUUCUUGAGAUCAGUAGGAGAGCAAUCCAGUCUACAAAACUGGAUUCCUUGUAGGUCUUCGAUGAGUUGGAAGACCAAAUUAUGCCCCACUUUGAUUAACAAGAAUAAUUAGAAUUCCUCGGUUAGUAUCCCUAAAACACCCUAAAGGGUUUUGUUAUCAUCAGCAACAAUGAGGAGCAAAACACGAGUUAUGGAAAUGUAAUCUGUUCAUAGUCACAUGAAUAUUGGAAGAGAAGAACUGCCAAGUAUGGCGGCCACCGAAACAAUAGUCUGCUAAGUGUUAACAAAGUGAAUAAUUGAUAGAAAAGAGAAAGUCAAGAGAAACGCUUCUGGAUCACUGCAUCCAGUCUAA